AUGUCAUCGGUCAAGAUCCACCCUCCGAAGAAGGGCCCUCCAGCCUCAGACAGCCCGCUACCUCCCCUCAUCAAGACACCUUCCGGACUUGCACUGCUUGAGAUGCAGGGGACCAUCAACCUGCCACAUUUCAACCCCGACGAAGACAAUAGCGAAUCCGAGCCCGAGAUUCCUAUUGGAAAAAUCGUCUUUCCCGACUAUCACCCGGAGACUCAAGAAGAAGGCAGCACGGCGUGGAUGAAGCGCGUUUUCCUUCACGUUGGCCAGCAUCAGAGGCUCCAUGGCGAAGUCAAGAAGCUUCCCAAGGCCAUGGCUAUAAUUCGUCGCAGGGGAGAGGUGGCCAUCGGCAAGGACGGCGAGACCGAGGAGGAGCUCGAAAUCGCCGAGAUCGUCAGGUAUAAGAUCAUGUUCGGUAACCGGCCUGAGCCUGUUGGCACGGAGGCCUCAUAG